CUGGUUCGCAUUUUGGCGACCUGGGAAAUGUCACUUUUUGACAGCUGCUGACAUUCAUGUUUAAACCCACUGGGUCGAAAUCUUGACACAAAAACAGAAUCAACAGCGCAAUCGAGACGUAAGUUGCUGGAGACCGCCGUCCCUUCUCUCAAAUUUACAAUAUGUGAAAGUUCUGAUACUGCUCCAAUCGAUGCUGCUUCCUGUCGCAAACGUUGCAGGCUGCAGUUGAACGAUUUUGGUGCCGUUCGCGGUCGUGGCUAAUCGUGCGAAACACAACACUUCGCCUUCUCCUAGGAGUUUCGUAUACGUCACGUCGUCGGCGCGCUGUUUGUUGCUGGCUAUUGCACAUCUGGCAGGCUCUGAACAGCAUCGUCACAGCUACGCAAACGCGCUCUUACCUGCUGUGGGUCAGGGCAAGGGCAGAAACCACGGAGAAGCAAUAGGAUUACCGCCAGCAGGUCGGUCCGUGUGUUUUUGAGUGCCCGCGCGAGCAAAACAACUCCUUCCUGGUGUUGGCGGAGCGCGAUUACCAGCCGUACGGAUGGAGUUUGCGGAACUCAUACUGACGCCCAAGCUCGAUGGCGUGCUGCUGUACGAUCAGCUCAGCGAUCGACCCAUCGACGGAACGCUCUGCGUCACUGGCCACCAUUUGAUACUGAGCACCCGGAAGGAAGGGGCCCAAGAGCUGUGGCUGCUGCACCAAAACAUCGAUCUCGUCGAGCGGAAACCGAACAUCGUCAACAACGUCCUCGAGGGUGGCACCAUCAUACUGAAAUGCAAAGAUUUGCGCAUCAUUGCGUUGAAAAUUGCCUCCCCCCAGGAGUACUUCAACAUUUCCAACUCGAUCGAACAGCUGUCGAACCUGGAGGAAACGCGCAUGCUGUACCCGUUCUUCUACAUCCCGAUGUACAACAUCCUCGAGGACGGGCACUCGCUGUACCGGCCCGAGCAGGAGUUUGGCAAGCUGCUCGCGAACGGAGACGGCGAGUGGCGACUGACGACGGUGAACAGUACGUACCAGGUCUGUCCAACGUACGGCGCCCGGCUGGUGGUUGCCCGCUCGAUUACCGACGAACAGAUCGUGCAAUCGGCCGCCUUCCGCGAUGGCGGCCGGUUUCCGGUGCUCUCCUAUCGGCACGCGAACGGUGCGGCCAUGCUGCGCAGUGCCCAGCCGCUGGCAGCGCCGGGCGUUACGAAGCGUUGCCGGGCGGACGAAGCCAUCCUGAAUGCGGUGCUCGGUCGGAGCAAGAAGGGCUUCAUAUUCGACACGUGGGCGAAGGGCAAGAGCAGCACGACCGAGACGGAUCAGCACUACUCGCAGUGGAAAAAGGUGACGCGGCCGAUCGGGCAGUUCAGCUCCGUGUCGGCGUUGUUAGAUAGUUUUAUCAAAUUGAUGGAAGCGUGCAACGAUGUGCAGUGCAGCUCGGACAAGUGGCUGUCGCGGCUGGAAAUGUCCGGCUGGCUCGGGUACGUGCUGAACGCGCUGAAUGCGGCCUGCGUGGUAGCGCAGUGUCUCGACCAGGAGGGCAGCCCCGUGCUGGUGCACGGUGGGAAAGGUCUGGAUACUACGCUCGUAAUAACCUCGCUGGUACAAAUCAUCCUUAAUCCCGACAGCCGCACGAUAAGGGGACUGCAAGCGCUCAUCGAUCGGGAAUGGCUGCAGGGUGGCUAUCCGUUUUCGACGCGCCACAAACACUCCUGCUACACGCCCACCAACCUGCGGCGCAAAAGCUCGAGCGCCACGUUUCUGCUCUUUCUCGACUGCGUUUAUCAGCUGUACGCUCAGUUUCCCUGCAGCUUCGAGUACGACCAUCGGCUGCUGGUAACCCUGUUCGAGCACAGCUACUUCAGCCAGUACGGUACGUUUUUGGGCGACUGCGAGCGCGACCGGGUGCAGCUGAAGGUAACUACGCGCACCACCAGCCUGUGGUCCCACCUUAACCGGCCGGAGGUGGUGAAAUCCCUGCUCAACCCGCUGUACGAGCCGAAUCCCGCGGUCAUAUGGCCGUCGGUCGCACCGCUCAGCAUUGUGCUGUGGUCCGAGCUGUACACGCGCUGGUCGAUCGAUCAGUCGCAGCUGAAGAUCAACUUUGGCCACAUUCACGCGCUGGUCAGCCGGGAAAAGGAUCUGCGCAGCAGGGUGGUAAAGUUACGCCGCCAGCUUGCCGAUCUGCAGCGCGAGUAUCAGAUCGUGCGCAGUGAGAAAAAUGGCAACAGUGACGAGCUGCUGCACGCCCGGCACGCGGAAAUGGACGAUCCGGGAGACGACGGCGAUGAGGAGAGCGUUUCGUCCGACGCGUUGGGCUCUAGUAAGUAGAGUGCGGUAGGAUAGAAAAGAAGGCCUUACUCGGCAGUGCACGAGAUAUAUGAUACGUUAGAACGUUUAGGUUGCUGCCGAGCGGCAGUCCGUACCUUUCCUUUAUUAACGGGGCCACUAUGCUAGUCUGCCUUUCUUUUUUCUCGUUAGUGGCGAAUCUGUUCAUCAUCCUGUAUUGUGCACAUGUCUGCCCGAGGGCGAUCUCUUUUGUUUUGGAAGUAUGUUAUUACUGCCACAUCGUAGUGUAUGUGAUAUUUAAGCGCAUUUUAAACAAUUGUUUUAUAACGUUUUCCGUUACACAUGCGUCUCAUGCAUAGCGGAUCCAUUGCAGUUGUGACACCGCGCUCCGGCAAUCUAAUCGAAACUUCUGACACCUGAAACGUAUUGCAAUUAAUUUCUGCGAGACAUCCUUUCCCCUUAGUCAAGCGGAGUCCUCAGUUUGGAGUAGUUUUGUGAGUUUUUUGAGAAUGUAAAUGCAAUUAUUCGUUUGUAGGGUAUCUUUACGACGUCGAUUGGCCAAUUGAUUUCGCGCUCUACCUGGACCCCGGUGAAAACCAAACAGUUAGUGAGCGUUAGUCCAAGCUUUAUCAAAUAUUUUACUCAAAGCGUUACUCAAAGAUAUAAGGCUAUACCUCUGUACCUGGUGCUAAAAGUCCCUCUAUUGCUGAACAUUGAUUUUGGCCAAUCUUAGUUCAGCAUAUUAAACAAUUUGGAAUGCAUUGCUCGCGAUAGGCUUUAAAGCUUUUCGUUUGCUUAAGUGUACAGAUAACCUUGGCGGUAUAUAUCGUGAAAUAUGCCCUGUCCUACAAGGCUACUGCUGCUGCCAGUGUAUUCUAUUUGUUCAAAGAACAACGGGCAUGGAGUUAUGAAAGCUUCCAAAAGUUCCAAAAAAAUCACUCAAAAAAGGCAUGUCCUAUUACAAGAUACGUAGCAAUGGGCUGUUUAAACAUCCUCUUCGCUCUAUCCUCUGGGUGUAAAACAAUCACUCAAAUUUCUGAUAAUGUUUUUGCUAUACGUCAUACGCCGUAUUGUGUUCACUGGCAGCAAUAUAAAUUGUUUAAUUGCUCCUUUUUGAAUAUAUUGAAUUUAUUAUUCAGUUUCCUCGUUCAUUCAUCCAAUUAUUUGAAAAACAACCACUCAAAUUUCUGAUAAUGAUGUUGCAGUACGAUCCAGUUAAAUAAUUCAAAGUUUUUUGGAACUGAGCAGAUAGUUUUGCGUGUGCUCAUCAUAUCGCUUCUUCUUUAGCUCUAUAUCUUUGACACUUAUUGGAAACACGUGUUCUUUGUUGAGAAUGUCUUCUUCAGUGGAUUUUCACUCGCAACUCCCAUUCGCUUUCUUCGUAGGGGAUGUAUUGUUCAUAAUAUUUUGGCUCUAUACAUGGUCGCCAUGUACUAUCCACCAUUUGGUAUAUGAUAUGUCCGAACUACUCGGACUAUUGCACACAGGUUCAAGUUUUAAGAUAUGUAUUUGGAAGUCAACUAAAGACAACUAAAGCUGUCGAGCUGAUUAUAUGCCGCAUGGUUGCUAUGUGUUACCAUUGCAUUUUCGUUAUCCAUUAUCCCUGUGGAAACUGGGAUCCAACACUAUAGAUUCAGGAUAUGGAUAUCAUCGGCUAAUCGAGAGAAACUCGGACUCAGAACACUUACCACUUCGGCGGAUCCCUAUUAAAACUGAAUGGUUCCUACAGCGGCUUGUCGUGCGCGUAGAAUUUAUUUUCUUCAAAACUAUUCCAAAUCGAUGGAGCGUAGCAAUACAUAAUGUUUCGAUUAAGAAUUGUUCUGCAUUUAAAACUUAAAAGCUGCGAUGCGCUUUGCUCUAUGAGUGCUUGUGUGUAUAGUAAAGCAUAUAAAACAUCGUUGAAAGUGUGUAGCUCUAAGCAAAACAAACAAAAAAAAAACAUUCUUUCGCGCUCUGUAUUUAUAAAUUUCAAAUCAACUCAGCGGACAUGUGCACAAUGUUCUUAUCAUAAGAUAAAAGAUAAAAAAGACAUGGUCAAUACUUACGAGAAUAAUGUAUUUGCAUAGGUAUGAUAGGUAGUUUAAGUAAGCUUGCUGUAUUAAAUCGAGAGCAAAAGAACAAGCAACAACAAAGGAAAAACAAUAAGAAACCGAUAUCCUUUAGCAGUGAUGUGUGGUUAGCAAUCGUGUUAGCACUCGUUGUCAAUUGUAAAAUGUGAGGAAAAUAGAAACAGAAAACGUAUCAUGAAACUCCUUGACGGCUACUGCGCGAUAGUUAACACAUCUGUUGCUGAUCUACUAGCUUGUCUUGUAGCUAGUCGACCAUCUGGGCUGUACACAUUCCUUAACACGUUUACUCAAAUCCCGGUUCAUUGGGCGUGGAUGGUAUCGAUAUGAAUCACUCUUAUAAUGUGUAAACCAUUGCAACAUGACAAAAUCAAAAUAAUUACUGAUAAGAAGAGCUUAGUCCGCACUAACAAAAAAAAACAAAACGGUCACACAUCACCAUGGUCGUCCUGCGAAGCCACUUUUACUACUCUCACUCUACUGAAUGACGUCCUUUUUAAUAAAACGCUCGCCUUACAUUCUGCUGUGGAUUGAAAAUUGAAAAAAACAAAAUCGCAAAGAAGCGACGCAAAAGUUGUCGGAUGGAGUUUUUAAGCUGUAAGCAAAGAUCGACUACCUAUACCCGGUUCCCCCUAUCUUUCGGUCGCCAUGUAGUACUCCUGACAAAGUCUCUCUCCGACCUCCCCAUGUUCUGCCACAGGACAAUAGCAUUUUAAACGAACAGACAGACAGACAGACAGAGGCCUAUCGAAUCGGAAACCCAUACCAUUGAGCAUAAUGUAAUAAAAUCAAAUGUUAAUUUUACUAUCAAAGCAAACCG